UUGGAUCUUGAGUCACAAGUUGAAGGAUCUGAUAGAUUCUAGUAAACAAAUAAUAAUUCAUCGUGUCCUCUAGGAAUCUGCAACUGCGAAAAACUUAUUCCACACCUUCUUUGAAGAGAAUUUUUUAAAAAAAAAAAUGGAAAAGUUUUAACUUUUAACUGAGAAAUUAAGUAAAUAAUUAAUCCUUAUCUAUUUCACAAUUCAAGAAAAUAAAACUUUAAUCCUAGAGCCAGUCUGUGCUUGGAGCUCGAUAUAUGCUCUCAACUUCUCUUGGCCUUUCGAUUCUCCGUUCACCGGAAAAUGGACGGGUCAAGUCACCGAGGUGGUAGUAGUGCUGAUGUGUAUUUACCGAAUUACAAACUCGGUAAAACCCUUGGUAUUGGUUCUUUCGGCAAGGUGAAAAUUGCGGAGCAUGCAUUGACUGGUCAUAAAGUUGCCAUUAAGAUACUUAACCGUCGAAAGAUAAAGAACAUGGAUAUGGAAGAAAAAGUGAGGAGAGAGAUCAAAAUCUUGAGACUUUUUAUGCAUCCUCACAUUAUCAGACUUUAUGAGGUUAUAGAGACACCAACUGAUAUAUAUGUCGUGAUGGAGUAUGUGAAGUCCGGAGAGCUCUUUGAUUAUAUUGUGGAGAAGGGUAGGCUGCAGGAAGAAGAGGCACGCAAUUUCUUCCAGCAGAUAAUCUCUGGUGUGGAAUACUGCCAUAGGAAUAUGAUUGUUCAUAGAGACCUUAAGCCAGAGAAUUUGCUUUUGGAUUCUAAAUACAAUGUGAAGAUAGCGGAUUUUGGUUUGAGCAAUGUUAUGCGAGAUGGCCAUUUUCUGAAGACAAGCUGUGGAAGCCCAAAUUAUGCUGCACCUGAGGUUAUCUCUGGCAAAUUAUAUGCUGGGCCUGAAGUGGAUGUAUGGAGUUGUGGUGUUAUUUUGUAUGCCCUUCUCUGUGGUACCCUUCCUUUUGAUGAUGAAAAUAUCCCCAACCUUUUUAAGAAAAUCAAGGGUGGGAUAUAUACUCUACCCAGCCAUUUAUCACCUGGAGCAAGAGAUCUGAUCCCAAGGUUGCUUGUGGUUGAUCCAAUGAAGCGAAUGACUAUCCCUGAGAUUCGUCAGCACCCAUGGUUCCAAGCUCGCCUUCCACGUUAUCUGGCUGUCCCUCCGCCGGAUACAAUGCAACAAGCUAAAAAGAUGGAUGAAGAGAUUCUCCAGGAAGUGAUUAAGAUGGGAUUUGACAGGAACUUACUUAUCGAAUCUAUUCGCAACAGAAUACAGAAUGAUGCUACUGUUGCAUACUAUUUGUUAUUGGACAACCGUUUCCGCGUUUCCAAUGGCUAUCUUGGAGCUGAGUUUCAAGAAACAAUGGAAUGUAACUUCAACAGUAUGCAUGCACAUGAACCUAUUUCUCCAGCUGCUGGAUACCGCCUUCCAGGAUACAUGGAUUACGGAAUGAACUUAAAAUCGCAGUUUCCAGCUGACAUGAAAUGGGCUCUUGGACUUCAGUCACGAGCUCACCCACGUGAAAUAGUGACAGAAGUUCUCAAAGCUCUACAAGAACUGAAUGUUUGUUGGAAGAAAAUUGGUCACUACAAUAUGAAGUGCAGGUGGAUUCCUGGCAUUCCUGGUCAUCAUGAAGGGAUGGUUAACAACACUGUAAACAAUAAUCAUUUCUUUGGAGAUGAACCCGCCAUUAUUGAGAAUGACGGAGUUGCCAAAUCACCAAAUGUGGUGAAGUUUGAAGUGCAGCUUUACAAAACUCGUGAGGAGAAAUACCUGCUCGACUUACAAAGAGUACAAGGACCGCAAUUUCUCUUCCUUGAUCUAUGUGCAGCUUUUCUUGCGCAACUCCGAGUUCUUUAGCUUGAUAAAGAGUAUGCUCAUCAGUCCACGGAUAUCUUGCUAUCCCAGUGACUCAGAAAUCACGAUGUAAAUAAGUCGUUCAGACUUUUAACGUUUACUGCUCAACUUUCGCCCCUCGAUUUUAUAUGUGGGUAAUUGUUGCGUGAAGCUAACCUUAGGUUGGCCAAAUCACUAGUAGUAAUCCGUAUUUGACAGUCUGAUUUCUUUUUCCAUUGGAUGUUUCUCAAUGUCUGUCUAGUUGGAUAUUUUCAUAAAUUCUUAAGGAUAAACCCUUCAAUUAGCUGUUGCUUUUGAGCAAGGGUGUAAUUAAUCAUUUACCAUUUAGUGCAUGUAACUCUUCCUGUAA